AAGGUUGAAAUCCAUGCCAAUUUGAAGAGACAGAGAGAGACACAAAAUCCAGUAUUGAGGAAACCAAUCUAAUUGAUUCGUUAUGUAUAGCUUAUUAGCUAGCCUAGCCUAGCUAGGGUUAGCUAGCAAAAGUGGAUUAACAUGACAUCAUUCGUUUCUGUAUGAUUACGUGAGAUAUUACUUUACUACCCGCUUUAAUUUGUUCCUUCCCUCCACUAACUUAAUUUAGCGGCCACCCACACGUGCGGUGCACCGUGCACACACAUACACGCCACCCCCAUUGAUGAGCAGCUAAUAAUCAACUUUUCUUUUCUUUUCCCCCCCGGCCGGUUGCUUCUGAAUUCUGAUUCUCUCGUCUCGGGUGACGACGCUAGCUGCAUCAUGCAAUUGCAUGCAUAGCCUGCUGCGCGCUCUUGCUUGCUUUUCUCAACAAUCAAGAUAGAAAGAAAGGAAUUCCCCUCCCCCUCCUCCAAAAAGAGUGCUUUAUUUACCAGCUAGCAAAAUCCCCGCCCUAGAAAGCUUCAGCUUUCAAGCUUAUAUAUAAUACUAAGUACAAGGAAUGGAAUGGAUAUCAUUUUGCUUGGAUUUCAUUUGUUGAUGAGUGGUCAGUACGUGGCACUGGGUAUGGGUUACUAGGCAGCAUUUAUAUACCCUAAUGUGGGAGGCCGGUAGCAGAGCAGAGGUCAGGGAGCUGCAGCAGGUAGGGAAAUUUCAAAAGCAACCAGAGCAGUUGGACCUAUACUAUACUAUACUGUAUGGUAAUUAUAAGGCGAGUAUGUAUGUAAACGGUAGGGAUGGCAAUAUGUCGGGUCGGGUUGGGGGCGGAUAGUGAAUAUCUGUUACCCUAUCCAAAGUAGUUCGGGUUUUACCCAUAUCCAUAUACGCGCACGUAAGAAACGACAAGGAAAUCAAAACCAUGCCCCAUACCCGUUCGGGUUUCGGGUAUCCACGAUUAUCCUCCAUGGGUAAUAAUUUCCCUUUAUAACUUCAACCAAUAUGCUAGCUAACACUACCACGUAAUUUCACAUUACGAAAGAGGAAAAAGUACGACAAUAAUUCACUAGAAUGAAUAAAAUUAACUAAAACAACACAAUCUCAUGAAAACACUGUAUUUAUAUGCUUAUUACAUAAUAUGUUACGAAAAAAGGAUUAUUUCUAGACAAAAAUACAUAUGCAUGUGUUUAAUCCAUGGAUUACGAAACCGUACCGGACAUCAAACCGGAAUCGUUUUUGGCAUGGUAAAUCGUGGUACAACCAUGGUUCAACCGUUUCCUACCGGUAAAUACCGUUUUUGGAUUAAAAAAAUUAUUUUUCUGUUAAAAAACCGUACCGACAAAAUUAGGGUACCAUACCGGGAAAAUACCGGAAUAAUACCGGAUUAUACCGCCUAAUUUCCCCACUAAUUUCACCCCAAAACCCAUCCAUAUUCACUCUUCCCAUAAGAGACCCAACUCUAUCUAGCAUCAACUAUCCGAUUGAAACAAGAUCCCCGAAAUCUGAAACCCUAGCCGCCGAAUUUCAAUCUCUAGAUUUUGCUACCGACACUCUUCUUCCUAAUUCUCUUGUCUUCUUCUUCUUCUUCUUCUUCUUCCGUUCGCCUGUUGUAAGCUGCGAUGGCGAAGAAGCGAAAGCUUGACGCUUCGAAAGGCGCUGCAUCGUCGUGGCCGCCCAAGAAACAACAGCAGCAGCAACAACAGCUGCAGCUGCAGAAGCUGCAAGAAGAAGAGGAGAAGAAGGUUAAGGUAAAAGAAGAGGAGGAGGAGGUGGAAGAAGUGGAGGAGGAGGUGGAGGAAGAGGAAGAAGAAGUGGAAGAGGAGGAGGACGGCGGCGAAGAAGCGAACGAAGGGGAUAAGCAUAUCGGUUCUUCUUCUGCGGCGGCGUCGGCUCCGGAUGACGACGACGACGAGGAGCCGAUUGAGAAGCUUCUCGAACCGUUCAGUAAGGAUCAGCUCGCUAAUUUGCUCCGCGAUGCUGCGGAGAUCCACCGCGAUGUGGCGGAUCGCAUCCGGAGGAUAGCCGAUGAGGAUCCUGUUCACCGCAAGAUCUUUGUUCACGGGCUAGGCUGGGGACGCCGCUGUCGCCGGUGGUGAGAAAAUGGAAGCUAGUUUGAGAGGCAGAGCGGCGCGGGGGAGACGAGAGGAGAGUGUAGAGAGAAGGAAGAGCUCAGCAGCCGAAGGUAGGGUUUAGUGUAGUCUCUGCUUCUCUUCCAAUUUUUUUUUUUUUUUAGCUUGGUCAAAGACGGCGCCGUUUGGAUUAAAUUAAGGGGACCGCCGGUUUUAAUAAAACCGGCCGAAAUUUCGGCCCAUUGCGGUCCAACCGUAAAAACCGCCCGGCAGGCUCUUGGAUGGUACACAGCCCCUAUUGUGCCGGGUCAGGUCCGGUUUCUGGUUUUUCCGGUCCGGCCGGCCGGUCCAGUACGAUAUCCUGGUCCUUGGUUUAAUUGGGCCGGUUCGGGUUGGAUAGUGAGAAAACCAUACUCACCCAUUGCCCACAAUUUUCUGGUUCGGGGGCAUUGCCAUUAGAUAGAUUUUGUGAUGUAAGAGAAAAGGCCGUGGUGGUGGAGAUAGAACAAGUAGAAGGGAGUGGAGAGGAGAGGAGGAGUGAAUAUAGGUAGGGCAGCAGAGGGAGGACCUAAAACGUAUAUUAUGCUCACACACGCACGGCAACCAUAUAUGAUAUAUCCCUUUUAUUUUAUUUUAUAUUAUAUUUCACCUCCCUUCCUUUCUCUGCAGCAGCAUUAAUUACAACCCCGGCCAUCUCCUCUCUCUCUGUCUCUCUGUUUCCCAUGCAAAAGGCUGGCUAAGAGUAAGUAAGAAAGAGCUCAAUUUUGGGAGAAAAUAAAAGUGAAUUAGUUUUCCAUAUAUAUUUUGAUUUUGGAGCAAGCUAGCUAGUGUCUGUCUGGCCAUUUCUUUGUUACCGGAUUAGGAAUGGAAUGGUUUUCAGGUGCAAUCCUCUGUUCCCUUCUUUCUUACCUUUUUUUUUUUUUUUAAAAAAAAACUUUCUUUCUUUCUCUCCCUUUCUCCCUCCCACACUGUGUCUGUGUGAUCACUUCAUCACAUGAUGUAUUUGAUAUUUCAAUGCCUCUUUCCUUCCAUUUUACUUUCAUUCUUUGUAUGUUUUUUUCACCCUAACUUGUGUUAUUCAUUAAUGGAGUCUACGAAAUAGGUUCAGCAUGCAUGUCAUACUAAUUCAACAACCAAAAGAUAUAUGUGUUGUCAUCCUAACUAGUUAGCCAAUACGCUCCAUAGUCACAUUCACAAUAAUAAGAUGCGUAGUUUCAA